AAAAGGCGGGCAUUUAACGUUCAGAAAUUUAAGACGAUAAACCCGAAAAUGGCCCCGUGUUCUUCCCUCCCCGUUCUUUCUUUCAAUCCAAUCCCCAAAAUCAUCUUCAAAUCUUCUGAAAUUAGUGCUACAGCGUUCUCGAAUCAAACAAUUCCGGUAAGCAACGGAAUCUCCGCCUCCAAGUUGCUCGGAAUAUUGACGAGGAGAAGCCUCUCGCGGCGGCUGAAUGCAGCAGGAUUGUCCGAGAUUGAACUCGACUUAAACGAAGACCCUGUAGAUCGUUGGGAAACCAACAGUGUCAGCCCUGAAGAUUUUGAGUAUGGAGUAUACGAUGGACAUCACACUUACUUUGAAGGCGAGAAGAAAGGAACAUUCUGGGGAGCAAUUGCAGAUGAUAUUGCUGCAGUUGGACCCCCAACAGGCUUUCAGGGCGUCAUCUCGUGGCUCUUUCUACCAGCAGUUGCUGCUGGAAUGUACUUCAAUAUUCCGGGGGAGUAUCUAUACAUCGGAGCAGCUAUAUUUACAAUAGUAUUUUGCAUAAUUGAAAUGGACAAGCCAGACCAGCCACACAACUUCGAACCUCAGAUAUAUAAUAUGGAGAGAGGGGCCCGUGACAAAUUGAUAUCGGACUAUAACACCAUGGACAUCUGGGAAUUCAAUGAGAAGUAUGGAGACUUGUGGGAUUUCACUGUCAAGAACAAUGAUAUAACAAAGCCAUGAUUUGGCUCCUUAGUGGAUGUAAAUUGUAAGGUAAAUGAGAAUUCAUUAUCAAAAUUUUUAUGAAAAUGUAUAUCAUACAAUACAACACUAUUCUUAGUCUUCUUGAUAUUGUAUUAGUGGAUGUAAAUUGUAAUUAUGAACUGAACUUCCUUAUCAAUCGUAUAGCAAGUAUUUUUCUCUUGUA